AUGUCAUCGGAUCUCUUCGACGACGUCUUCACUCUCGAAGACCGCUUCUACACCCAGGGCUACAACCAAGGCGUCCAAGAUGGAGCCCGCGCCGGAAGGAUAGAAGGCCGCUCGCUCGGCAUGGAAAAGGGCUUUGAAAAGUUUCUCGAAAGCGGCCGCAUUGCCAGCAAAUCUCUCGUUUGGGCAAACAGACUCCCCCAAACUCCCCAGCCAGGCAGUGCUUCAGAAGAAGGAGCAAAGAGCUCUGAGACUUGCACGCUGCCGCCACUGCCCAAGAAUCCAAGGCUGGAGAAGAAUAUCAAGCUGGCAUAUGCGCUGGUCGAGCCUGAUACGCUGUCAACAGAAAACUCCGAUGAGGCUGUGCAGGAUUUCGAUGACCGGGUGAAGAGGGCGCAGGGCAAAGUCAAGAUUAUUGAGAAGAUGCUGAACUAG